AGCGAUGGACGCGUCUCACAUGUAAACAGACCAGCUCGUUGGAGGGCAGAUAUGAGGCUUCUAUCGAGGGCAGUGCAGUCUGCUGUGGGUCAGAGGGAGUGGAGCCGCAGACACUUCUGGGGCUGGCUCAAUGCGGUCUUCAACAAGGUGGACUACGAAAGGAUCAAAGCUGUUGGUCCGGACCGAGCCGCAGCGGAGUGGCUGCUGAGAUGUGGCGCCAAAGUGAGGUUUCAAGGUUUCGAUCGCUGGCAACACGACUACAACGGACUGCCAACUGGGCCUCUGGGCAGAUACAAGAUCCAGGCGAUAGACGCCACUGAAUCCUGCAUCAUGUACAGAGGGUUUGACCACCUGGAUGGUUUGAAACACGUGGAGGAAAUAAAGUUCAACAAGUGCAUCUACAUCGAGGACACCUGCCUAGAGAGGCUGAGCUCGGUAGAGAAUCUGCAGGAGAGUUUGCACAUGAUGGAGGUGGUCUCGUGUGGAAAUGUGACCGACAAGGGCCUCGUCGCCCUGCACAAACUCCGGAAUCUGGAGCGUCUGUUUCUCAGCGAUCUUCCGGGGAUCAAAGACAGACAGACGACAGUUGACAGACUACAGACGGCACUCCCACGUCUGGACCUAUCACUUGACCUGGACUGAGUCCCCCCGUUAGUCAUAAUCGUAAAAUAUGGACACCUUUUUCAAAGGGCCGAGGGUCUGGAGGGCUUGUAUUGUCCAGCAUGUGUUUAUUUCAUGAAUCAUUAAGUCGUUCAGCUUGAGAUAAUCAAGCUUUACUGAAGGAAGAGUCCGGCAAAUAGGAAAGUUAAAGCACUUUAUAUUGUUGACAGCAGUUUUUCUCUAACUUGAACUAUUCUUUAGUUUAUUAUAUUUUCAACAUUCAAGGUAUUAAAGUUACUUCGUAUGUGGGUUCAAAGAGAAACUAUUUGUGAAAAUGCAAAGGACUGAGCCUUUUAAAACAUUUCUCUUUAGAUUAAUUUGGCAUUUAUACAAUAUCUGAGGACAGACAGAUGGCUGUGAACACCAUUAGCACCAAAGUUCCAGAGGUAAGAGUACAAUGUGUGUAUUGUUACCGAGUUAUGCUAGUAAAUGUGGUUAAAGGAAUAUUCACUCCUGACGUCAAUAAAUAGUUUCCAAAAUG